AGCCAGGGUGGAUCUCGUGACGGGAAAAGGGAACGACAGCCAAGAAAGCAGGAUUCCUUGCACUUCCAGUUGAACGACAGUGAGGUUCCCAGCAGACAGGCUGAACCACCUCCCUGAGGACAAACAAGUGAGCUCAUGGUUUCCAGUGGAGGCGAUCUGGGGUAGAAGAGGUGACCUCUCAUCUAGAAGACAAUCAAGAUUGAGCAGCAAAGAAGAAUGAGAAGAUGGAAUUCCCCUCUGGGUCUCUGGAAACUACCAACUUCCAUCGAUUCACCCCAGAGUCUCUGGUGGAGAUUGAAAAACGAAUUGCUGCUAAGCAGGAGGCAAAGAAAACCAAAGAGAAGUCCAAGAAACAGAAGGACCAGGAAGAGAAGACUCGGCCCCAGCUUGACUUGAAAGCGUGUAACCAGCUGCCCAAGUUCUAUGGCGAGCUCCCAGCAGAGCUGGUCGGGGAGCCACUGGAGGAUCUGGACCCCUUCUACAGCACACACCGGACAUUUAUGGUGCUGAACAAAGGGAGGACCAUUUCCCGGUUUAGUGCCACUCGGGCCCUGUGGUUAUUCAGUCCUUUCAACCUGAUCAGAAGAACAGCCAUCAAAGUGUCUGUCCACUCAUAUCCUUUGUGGUUCAGUUUAUUUAUAACCAUCACUAUUUUGGUCAAUUGUGUGGGCAUGACCCAAACCGAACUUCCAGAGAGAAUGGAAUAUGUCUUCACUGUCAUUUAUACCUUUGAAGCCUUGAUAAAGAUACUGGCAAGAGGAUUUUGUCUAAAUGAGUUCACUUACCUGCGAGAUCCUUGGAACUGGCUGGAUUUUAGUGUCAUCACCCUGGCGUAUGUUGGUGAAGCCAUAGAUCUCCGAGGGAUCUCAGGCCUGCGGACGUUCAGAGUCCUUAGAGCUUUAAAAACAGUGUCUGUGAUCCCAGGGCUGAAGGUCAUCGUGGGAGCCCUGAUCCACUCGGUGAGGAAGCUGGCUGACGUGACCAUCCUCACCAUCUUCUGCCUGAGUGUAUUUGCCCUGGUGGGCCUGCAGCUCUUCAAGGGCAACCUCAAGAACAAAUGUGUCAAGAAUUGCACAGUUGUCAACGAGACGGCCAAUUACUCUUCUCAUGAAAAACGGGAGUGGAAUUUCUGUCAUAGGGACCCAGAUUUCUACACCAACAAACCAGGCACUUCUGAUCCCUUACUGUGUGGCAAUGGAUCUGAUUCAGGCCACUGCCCUGAAGGUUAUUUCUGCCUUAAAACAUCUGACAACCCAGAUUUUAACUAUACCAGCUUUGACUCCUUUGCUUGGGCUUUCCUCUCACUGUUCCGCCUCAUGACACAGGAUUCCUGGGAACGCCUCUACCAGCAGACCCUGAGGGCUUCUGGGAAAAUCUAUAUGUUUUUUUUCGUGCUUGUUAUCUUCCUGGGGUCUUUCUACCUGGUCAAUUUGAUUUUGGCUGUGGUCACCAUGGCAUAUGAGGAGCAGAACCAGGCAACCACUGAUGAAAUUGAAGCCAAGGAGAAGAAGUUCCAGGAGGCCCUUCAGAUGCUCCGGACGGAGCAGGAGGUGCUGGCAGCCCUGGGGGUUGACACAGCCUCUCUCCACUCCCACAAUGGAUCCCCUUUGGCCUCCAAAAAUGCCAGUGUGAGAAGGCACAGAAUGAAGCCAAGGGUGUCAGAGGGCUCCACAGAUGAUAACAAGUCACCCCAGACUGAGUCUUACAACGAGCACAGAAUGGCAUCUGAUGCAGGACAGAAGACUUACUUGACAGCAGAAUACUUGAAUGAACAUUUCCGAACCCAAAGGGCAAUGAGUGUUGUCAGUAUCAUGACCUCUGUCCUCGAGGAACUCGAGGAGUCUAAACAGAGGUGCCCACCCUGCUUGACCAGCUUGGCUCAGAAGUAUCUGAUCUGGGAUUGCUGCCCCACGUGGGUGAAGCUUAAGACCCUUCUCUUCAUGAUUGUGACGGACCCCUUUGCAGAGCUCACAAUCACCCUGUGCAUCGUGGUGAACACCAUCUUCAUGGCCAUGGAGCACUACGGCAUGAGUCCCGCUUUCGAAGCCAUGCUUCAGAUUGGCAACAUUGUCUUUACCGUGUUUUUUACUGCUGAAAUGGUCUUCAAAAUCAUAGCGUUCGAUCCCUACUAUUACUUCCAGAAGAAGUGGAACAUCUUUGAUUGCAUCAUCGUCACAGUGAGCCUGAUAGAGCUGGGUGCGGUCAGGAAGGGGAGCCUGACAGUGCUGCGGACCUUCCGCCUGCUGCGGGUCUUCAAGCUGGCCAAGUCAUGGCCGACCUUAAACACGCUCAUCAAGAUCAUCGGCAACUCGGUGGGGGCUCUGGGGAACCUCACCAUCAUCCUGGCCAUCAUUGUCUUCGUCUUUGCUCUGGUUGGCAAGCAGCUCCUCGGGGACAACUACCGUGACAACCGGCGCAAAAUCUCAGCACCUAACGAAGAAUGGCCACGCUGGCACAUGCACGACUUCUUCCACUCCUUCCUCAUCGUCUUCCGGAUCCUCUGUGGAGAGUGGAUUGAGAACAUGUGGGCCUGCAUGGAAGUCGGCCAGAAGUCCAUCUGCCUCAUCCUUUUCUUGACGGUUAUGGUGCUGGGCAACCUGGUGGUGCUUAACCUGUUCAUUGCCCUGCUGCUGAACUCCUUCAGCACCGACAACCUCACAGCCCCAGAGGACGACGGGGAGGUGAACAACCUGCAGGUGGCCCUAGCGAGGAUCCAGGUGUUAGGCCGGCGCAUCAAGAAGGCCAUUUGCAGCUUCCUCAACUGGCCCUUCUUGCUCCCCCGGCCCAAGGCAGAGCCCCAGCUGGUGGUGAAACUCCCACUCUCCACCUCCAAAGCUGAGAACCACAUUACUGCUGACACGGCUGCGGGGAGCCCUGGAGGGCUCCUGGCUCCCGGAGGCCCCAGGGAUGACCACAGUGACUUCAUCACCAAUCCUAACAUAUGGGUCUCUGUGCCCAUUGCCGAGGGCGAGUCUGACCUCGAUGACUUGGAGGAUGAUGGUGAGGAGGAUGCUCAGAGCACCCAGCAGGAAGUGAUCCCCCAAGGGCAGCAGGAGCAGCGACAACAAGUCGGGAGAUAUGAGGACCACCUGCCACCCAGGAGCUCAGGUUCUGGAAUGUCCUCUGAGGACCUGGCUCCACACCUAGGUGAGAAGUUGAAAGACGAGGCUCCUGCUCAGGGCCCUACAGAGGGAGUGGACGACACGAGCUCCUCAGAAGGCAGCACUGUGGACUGCCUGGAUCUUGGGGAGAUCCUGAGGAAGAUCCCUGAGCUGGCGGAUGACCUCGAUGAGCCAGAUGACUGCUUCACAGAAGGCUGCAUUCGCCACUGUCCCUGCUGCAAAGUGAACAGCUCCAAGUUUCCAUGGGCCAUGGGCUGGCAGGUGCGCAAGACCUGCUACGUCAUUGUGGAGCACAGCUGGUUCGAGAGCUUUAUCAUCUUCAUGAUCCUGCUCAGCAGUGGAGCGCUGGCCUUUGAAGAUUUUUACCUUGACCAGAAGCCCACCGUGAAGGCCUUGCUGGAGUACACCGACAGGGUGUUCACGUUUAUCUUUGUGUUUGAGAUGCUGCUCAAAUGGGUGGCCUAUGGCUUUAAAAGUUACUUCACCAAUGCCUGGUGUUGGCUGGACUUCCUCAUCGUGAACAUCUCACUGACAAGCCUUAUAGCGAAGGUGCUGCAGUAUUCUGAUAUGGCAUCCAUCAAAGCCCUUCGGACCCUCCGUGCCCUGCGGCCACUGCGGGCCCUGUCUCGAUUUGAAGGCAUGCGGGUGGUGGUAGAUGCCCUGGUGGGCGCCAUCCCCUCCAUCAUGAACGUCCUCCUCGUCUGCCUCAUCUUCUGGCUCAUCUUCAGCAUCAUGGGUGUGAACCUCUUCGCAGGGAAGUUUCAGAAAUGCAUCAACAAGACCAGUGAAGGCUUUCUUCUUGUGCCUUGGACUACUGUGAAUAACAUGUCUGACUGUGAACGUCAAAACCACACUGGAAGCUUCUUUUGGGUCAAUGUGAAGGUCAACUUUGAUAAUGUUGCAAUGGGCUACCUCGCACUUCUGCAGGUGGCAACCUUUAAAGGCUGGAUGGACAUCAUGUACGCAGCUGUCGAUUCCCGGGAAGUGAACAUGCAGCCCAAGUGGGAGGACAACGUGUACAUGUACUUGUACUUCAUCAUCUUCAUCAUUUUUGGCAGCUUCUUCACACUCAAUCUCUUCGUUGGGGUCAUCAUUGACAACUUCAACCAACAGAAAAAAAAGUUAGGGGGCCAGGACAUCUUUAUGACAGAGGAGCAGAAGAAGUACUACAAUGCCAUGAAGAAAUUGGGCUCCAAGAAGCCCCAGAAGCCCAUCCCACGGCCCCUGAACAAGUACCAGGGCUUUGUCUUUGACAUCGUGACAAGGCAGACUUUCGACAUCAUCAUCAUGGUCCUCAUCUGCCUCAACAUGAUCACCAUGGUGGUGGAGACUGAUGAGCAGAGUGAAGAAAAGACAAAAAUCCUAAACAAAAUCAACCAGUUCUUUGUGGCCGUCUUCAUUGGCGAGUGUGUCAUGAAGAUGUUCGCCUUGAGGCAUUACUACUUCACCAAUGGCUGGAAUGUAUUUGACUUAAUUGUCGUGGUCCUUUCCAUUGGAAGCCUGGUGUUUUCUGCAAUUCUUACAUCACUUGGAAAUUUAUUCUCCCCGACGCUUUUCCGAGUCAUCCGCCUGGCCCGGAUCGGCCGCAUCCUCAGGCUGAUCCGCGGGGCCAAGGGCAUCCGCACGCUGCUCUUCGCGCUCAUGAUGUCCCUGCCCGCCCUCUUCAAUAUUGGGCUGCUGCUCUUCCUGGUCAUGUUCAUCUACUCCAUCUUCGGCAUGGCCAACUUCGCCUACGUCAAGUGGGAGGCUGGCAUUGAUGACAUGUUCAACUUCCAGACCUUCGCCAACAGCAUGCUGUGCCUCUUCCAGAUCACCACGUCGGCAGGCUGGGACGGGCUCCUCAGCCCCAUCCUCAACACGGGGCCUCCCUACUGCGACCCCAACCUGCCCAACAGCAACGGCACUAGAGGGGACUGUGGGAACCCCAUCGUGGGCAUCCUCUUCUUCACCACCUACAUCAUCAUCUCCUUCCUCAUCGUGGUCAACAUGUACAUUGCGGUGAUUCUGGAAAACUUCAAUGUGGCCACGAAGGAGAGUACGGAGCCCCUGAGCGAGGAUGACUUUGACAUGUUCUACGAGACUUGGGAAAAGUUCGACCCGGAGGCCACCCAGUUCAUUACCUUCUCUGCCCUCUCAGACUUUGCAGACACACUCUCUGGCCCCCUGCGGAUCCCAAAACCCAAUGGGAAUAUAUUAAUCCAGAUGGACUUGCCCUUGGUCCCUGGAGAUAAGAUCCACUGUUUGGACAUCCUGUUUACCUUCACCAAGAAUGUUCUGGGAGAAUCUGGGGAGUUGGAUUCUCUGAAGGCAAAUAUGGAGGAGAAAUUUAUGGCAACUAAUCUUUCAAAAGCAUCCUAUGAACCAAUAGCAACCACCCUCCGGUGGAAGCAAGAAGACAUUUCAGCCACUGUCAUCCAAAAGGCCUAUCGCAGCUACGUGCUGCACCGCUCCAUGACGAUCGCCAAUCCCCCGCCUGUGCCCAGGGCUGAGGAGGAGGCUGUGCCACUCCCAGAUGAAGGCUUUGUUGCAUUCGUGGCAGAUGAAAACUGUGUGCUCCCAGACAAAUCUGAAACUGCCUCUGCCACAUCUUUCCCACCAUCCUACGACAGUGUCACUAGAGGCCUUAGUGAUCAAGUCAACUUAAGCACAUCUAGCUCGAUACAAAAUGAAGGGGAGGCUGCCACUAAGGAAGCCACUGGGCCCUAGUGAGGACCCUCCAGCAUGGGCACGUCCAGCUCUGAUGUAUCCUUCUGCUCUGUGACAACUUACCACCACCGCCUCACCAACGCAUGCCACUGGUCACAAUGUCAGAAUGGGGCAGGGAAUACAGUUGGUACCCACCUUUGGAGAAACCCUCACACACUAACAAGAGUCAGAAGCCAAGGGCAUUUCCGCUGUGACUUCCCUUUUAAUUUUCAAUAUCAGAUGAUGGGUUCCCUUACUUUCCAGAAAAUGUCCCUGGAACAUUUUAUUUUGAUGGUGACCAGAGCUUAUAUUUACCAAGACAAACACCUCAGGACCAGAAUUUCCAAAGAUACAUGGCAAGGAUGUUGCUAAAGGUCCAAGGUCAUCCUCUG